AUGGUGGUGAAGGCAGUGCAACUCGCGGUCGUCGCUAAUCUGUCGUCCGCCGCGUGCAUAAACGCCGUCAAACGCUCCGUUGCAAAACGCGGGUGGGGUCUUGAGUUGCAAUGUGACAAUGCAACCGCUUUCGUCGAUGCAGAUCGUGGGCUGCGUCAGCUGCGGAAAGAGUAUCUGUGGCAGUUCCAGUCGGCGGAAUGGGGUCUCUACUGUGCGGACAAUGGCAUCACCUUCCGGUUCAUUCCAGCCCGCUCUCCACAUUUCGGAGGCAUCUGGGAAGCCGGAGUGAAAUCGUUUAAGUACCAUUUUCGUCGCGUCAUAGGACAAAAGGCUUUCACAAUGGACCAGUUUCUAACGGCCGUUGCUCAAGUAGAGGCAGUCCUGAACUCUCGUCCUCUUGUUCCCAUUUCUGAUUCGCUUAACGACCUCUCCGUUCUGACCCCAGGGCACUUUCUCAUUGUAGAGCCUCUUGUCUCCAUUCCUGAGCCUGAUCUACUUCACCAGUCCCCUAAUCGCAUCACCCGUUUGCAGGACAUGCAACGCUCGAUCCAAGAUCAUUGGCGUUGUUGGUCGCGGGACUACGUGAGCCAGCUCCACCAGCGCAGCAAGUGGAGGCGCCCGGCAGUGGGCGUCCGCAAGGGUCAGUUGGUGUUGUUGAAGCAAGACAACUACCCUCCACUACAACGGCCUCUCGGGCGCAUCAUCGAAACUAUCCCCGGUUCGGACGGGCGAGUUUGA